AAUGAGUGGACACUCCUGGAAUCUGUUUGUUAUAUUGAUCUCCAGUAUUUAAUAAAUGGCGAUUCUAAAAUAUUAUAUCCUUGCUGUGGCUUUAAAAGGUUUAACUGAAGCAGCUGGGAUUUUACCAGAUGGUCCUUUGAAUGGAACCAUUGGAGGAUCAGUGAUGUUCACAACGUCUCUGACUGAAGCAGACGGACCAUUUACUUUUGUGAACUGGAAUGUCAAUACCACAAUUCUUAUAAUAAACUACCAACCAAGCUCAACAUUUAUUCCCCCAGACUAUGAGAACAGGAUCACCUUUUUUCCAUCUACAUUAUCUCUGGAGCUCAGAGGUCUGACCCUGAAUGAUGGAGGAGAGUAUAGUGUUACUGUUUUUCCAGGGGAAGGAGGAAAAAUCACACUGGACAUAUAUGUUCCGGUCUCCUCUGUAACAGUAACUCCUCAAAGUGCAGACUUGGUUGAGUUCAGCUCUUUCAGUCUGACCUGCUCCUCCUCUGGGUCCUCGCUGUCCUUCAUCUGGAUGAACAGCAGCUCUGAGGUUACAGCCAGUGACAGAGUUCAGAUCACUGAUGGAGGCUCCACUCUGACUGUAGUCAGUGUGACUCGCUAUGAUGAACAAUCAUACAAAUGCCGUGUGUUUAAUCCUGUCAGUGAAGGCAUCAGUGAUCCAGUCAACAUCUUAGUCAGCUAUGGUCCAGAAAAUAUAAAAAUCUCAGUGUCUCCAUCACAAGAGUUCUAUGAGGAAGGGUCAGAGGUCAUUCUGAGCUGCUCAGCUGAUUCUAAACCUUCUGCCCAGUUUUCAUGGUUUCUAAAUGGGACUAAGCUUCCUGAUUCUGGACCAGAGCUCACACUGAGGAACAUACAGUUCAGUCAGAGAGGAGAUUACAGCUGUCAGGCCUUCAACAGCAAAACUCUGACAAAUGAAAUGUCUCCAUCUUUUUCAAUCUCUGUUCUAGAAAAAAUAUCUGGAGUUUCCAUCAAAGUAUCAACAGAGCAGAUCAUUGAGGGGAGCUCUGUCACCUUAACCUGUGAGGCCUCUGGAUCUUCACCGAGCAGAAAAUGGAAGAAGGACGCUUCAGACCUGAGCUUGUCUGAAAACGUGACACUUUCUGAAGACAACAAAAUCUUAACUUUCAGAGCUGUGAACAAGGACAACAGUGGAGAAUAUGUCUGUCUUGUCAGCAACCCUUUCAGCAGUUCUGAAGCUAAGUUCACCUUUAUUGUUAACUAUGGACCACAAAAUGUUCAGAUUGAAGGUAAAGAUAAGAUCAAUGAAAAUGAUCAAAUCAAGUUGAUCUGUUCUGCUGAGUCCACUCCAUCUGCUACAUUCACCUGGAGACUGAAUGGAUCAGAGAUCAUUGGAAGUUCUGCUGAGUUCCUAAAAGAAAAGGCUCAACGUUCUGACAGUGGAACAUACACAUGUGAAGCUCUGAAUACUGUCACUAAGAAACAAGCAACAGCUGAACAUGAACUACGUGUUCAAACAGGUGGAGAUCCCACAUCAGGCUGUUCCACUGGCUGUAUUGUUGGGAUUGUAAUCGGAUGUCUAGUCGUUGUUGCUGCGGCGGCUGGUGGAGGAUUCUACGUUUAUAGAAGUAAAUCUGCAAAAAGACCCUCCAAUGGAAACAAUGGCAACAGGAGAGGUCAUGAUGGACGGGACAACACAUCUUAUGCCAGUGAGGACGUGAACUAUGCAGACAUCAAGUUUUCCAAGAACAAGAACAAGAACAACGUUUCAAUGCAGAUGGAUGAAGAGAAUGUGACGUCAAACUACGCUCAGAUCAGAGUGAAUAACCAACCCGCAGGAGCCCACCCCCCCAACUAUGACGCUCACAUGAAUCGAGUGAACAGACAAGUUUCUUAGCCUGAAGCUGGUGGAGCCCAGACUGAGGCUCAGAUUAGGACCACCAGAGCAUGUCAGCUGGGUGGAGGUUAGCGCUGGAGCAACAAACGCUGACUUCUCAGUUUCUUCAUGUGGAAAGUUUAACUCCAUAUUUUGUAAGUGUUGUAGCACUUAAUGGUUAAUGAUCAGCCAUAUUUGACAGUUAUUACCAUCACUGGUUUCCAACAGAAGAAUGUCGCUCUGUGCUUGCUCUGUGAGCUGAUACAAUGCAAAGCAGAACAUUUAUGAUCUUAUUUUUUUCUUUAUGAUUUAUUUGUUUGCUUGAACAGAAUGCUUCUCAUUGUUCCACUGUAUUCUUUGACUCCAGCUGCCACCUGUUUUAUUUUGAUUUGAGUUCAUCAGCAAAAAAUAAAUUUUGUUUUAGAUUUAGGACAGAAAUGACGUUCGGCUAAAAAACCUUGUAAUAAUUUACAAACAAGUGAUGCGUUUCAACCUGGAUAACCCUGGAGACCACAUGAUGCUGUUUUUGGCUUGUUUGUUUAUUUAAUAUAAUGUAAUAAUCUUAAAAUGUCUAAAGAUUUACUUUAAAAAUUCUAGAAUGUAAAUAAAUGAGCAACUCAUUUGUGUGUUAAUAAACAUUAAUAACAUAUUUUUGAAUACUUUCACUUUAUUUAUACCAAUAAACUGAAUGUUAAAUG